AUGUCUACCAACUCCCGCUUCGAUCCGAACUUUACUCCCUAUGUGAUCAACGCCAUGGGCCCUAAGACUCCCGAGCGUGCUCGUGUGGUCUUGGGCUCUCUCAUCCGUCACAUCCACGACUUCGCCCGUGAGGUCGAGCUGACCCCAGCUGAAUGGAUGAUGGGUGUUGAGUUCAUUAACUCCAUUGGCAAGAUCAGCACUCCCAUCCGUAAUGAGUGCCAUCGGAUCUGCGAUGUUAUCGGUCUGGAGUCUCUUGUUGAUGAGAUCGCCAACAAAAUCGUCACUGAGCAGGGUCUCUCACCCACCUCCAACGUCAUUCUCGGUCCCUUCUGGUCCCCCAACGCACCCUUCCGCGCUCUGGGCGACAGCAUCAUCCAGGACCCUAAGCCCAACGGCCGGGUCACUUACAUGCACGGUACCCUGACCGACAUGGAGACCGGGGCUCCCAUUGAAGGUGCCAUCCUUGACAUUUGGCAAGCCUCCUCCAACGGCCAAUACGACUUCCAGGACCCAACCCAGACUGAGAACAAUCUCCGCGGCAAAUUCCGUUCCAAUGAGAAGGGUGAGUUCUACUGGUACUGCUACCAUCCAACUCCAUACUCGCUCCCCACCGACGGUCCUGCCGGUGUCCUUCUCAAUCUGAUGGACCGCUCCCCCAUGCGUCCCGCUCACAUCCACCUCAUGAUCACCCAUCCCGACUACGCCACCGUCAUCAACCAGAUCUACCCCAGCGAUGACCCCCAUCUGGACAUCGACUCUGUCUUCGCGGUUAAGGAUGAUCUGGUUGUGGACUUCAAGCCCAAGCCCAACGAUCCCAAGGCCACUCUUGACCUGGAGUACAACGUCCGGCUGGCUUUGAAGAAGCACCACCCCCACCCCGACUCUGCUCCUCCCGUGUCCUCCUUCGAGCGCAGCCAGCAGAAGCUGUAA